UUAGCGGUCGGCUGGAUGGCUGUGAUGUAACAAACGCAGCAUAUCGCCCCCUAAGGACAUCACUCAAAGGUCAUUGCACCACGACCAGGGCCCAUUCCAUGAGAUUUCAAUCAAUUUCAAUAAUGAAAAAGUACAGGAAUCAGAUGACUGAGAGGAUAUUGAAUCUCACCCUGGAGAUCAUCUACCUGCUGACUGGAGAGGAUUAUGUUAUUGUGAAAAAGACUUACGAGCGUGUCCAACAAAGCAGCAGUAAAGCAGGCUUUUCCAGGACUCACAGCCCCAACAUGGUGCUUCCGCGUCACUCACUGCUGAUACAUGAAAUGAACAAUGACAAGAAGAUCCUGGAACUGACCAAUCAGAUCAUCCAGCUGCUGACUGGAGAGGUUCCUAUAAGGUGUGAGGAUGUCACUGUCUAUUUCUCCAUGGAGGAGUGGGAGUAUCUAGAAGGACACAAGGAUCUCUACAAGGACGUAAUGAUGGAGAAUCACCAGACCUUCAGCUUACUGGAUAUAAGCAUGGACAGAGUUAGAACCAACGGAUUAUGCUCCUUCACAUCGCCAGACUGCUUCACUGAAUCUAAACAAAAUAACCAGAGACACGUAGAACCAACUUUAUUCAAACCGAGCCCUACAACGCAGAAAACGGUUAUAAAUGCAACAGACAAAGAGGUUUCAUAUGAAAAAGGAAAUAUUACUGAUGUUUAUAAACCCAGAGGACAUACACAGAGGGAACAUUCAUCCACUGUUAUUAAUAAGGAAUCUACCUCAGAUGAAUGUAGGACUUCCUCCGCCAUGGACAUUUAUACAGUCACAGAACACACACAGACAGAAUGUCCGUCUACUGAUGUCAAGGGGGACUCCGGCUCAUCUAAAGCUAGAAAUGUAGCGAACACUGACAUUUAUACACCCACAGCACAUACGCAGAUGGAAUGUGCAUCAACUCCUAUUAAGAAGGAAUCGGCCUCACAUGGAUCAUCCGUGUGUAGUGAUGGAAAAAUCACCCACACGGACCGUUAUGCAACCAGGGAACACACAGAAAUAGAAUAUACUCCGAUUAACAAAGACUCCACAACACACGAAGAAAGCAAUCUCACUGAUGUUUUUCUAACUGCAGAGCACGCAUCUAUCCCUUUUGUGGAGCAAAGCAACACAAUGAGUCAGAAAUUGAAUGUAAACAAAGACUCGCAGGUAAGGACGUACGACGAGUUUAAUAAAACAUCUACUACUCCUCCACAAAAUUCAAGUGCGUUAGAAAGAAUUUACACAAACUCUGGGUAUAAAACAUUUUUCAGUAUCCACUCAGAUCGUGUUAAACAACAAGGAAUUCCAAUAGACCAGAAGACCAGUGAAGUAAAAGAACCGUUCCUAUGCAAAGCCUGUGGAAGAGGCUUUGAUGAAGAAGGCCUUCUCAAACUUCAUUGGAUAACCCACCUUGGAGAGAGAACCUUUACAUGUUCUGAAUGUGGGGAGCAUUUCCCGUUACAUGCAGAGCUUAUUAAACACAUGAAAACGCAUAGGGGAAGAAAGAUGUAUCCUUGCUCUGACUGUGGAAAGUCAUUCAAUCGGGAGUCACACCUUAAUUUGCAUUUGAGAACUCACACGGGAGAGAAGCCCUAUUCUUGCACAGAAUGUGGAAAAUCUUUUAGUCAGAAGUCCCAUCUUGGUAGACAUCAAAGCGUUCACACAGGAGUGAAACAAUACGCUUGUUUUGAGUGUGGGAUUCAUUUUAUUCGUAAGUCUGACCUUGUUCUUCAUCAGCGUAGUCACAGCCGGGUGGAGGCUUUCAUAUGUUCUGACUGCGGGAAAUGUUUUACCCACCACUCAGCUCUUCUUCUCCAUCAGAAAACUCAUAUGAGUGAAAACGUCUUGUUCUGAAUGGGAAAUGUUCUCGAAUAUUGGGCUGUGUGCGUCUGAACUGGACAAUUCAAGAUGGAAACUAUUCAGCUAUAAAUAUAUUGUAAUUUGUAAUUAAAUUUAGUUCUAUGCA